AUGCACGCCAUGGCGCACCAACACGCCGGAUCGCAUCUUGUGCGACGGCAACGCGACGACGGCCCCGUCGAGAUUGUCACGGCGGUCGUCGCCGUGACUGUAGGAGAGGAUGGACGACCGGAGCCGACCAAGAAUCCAGGAAUCGCGUUGCCCGCGCCUGCUACUCGCGCUCGCGAGACGAAAACUGAGGAAGAGGACGAGCCGGAGGAGACUGCCAAGCCCGAAAAGCCCACCACAACCGCCAGGAAGCCGUCGUCUACCCAGGACGACGAUGAUCUAAUCGUGGAGGAGACCUCAACUGCGAAGAGCCCGCUCAAGCCUGCCUCCACCCUUAUGGUAGCGACCAAGUCCCCAACGCCCAGUCCCGCCUCGUCGAUCGCAGGUCUCGCAUCUGCCACAGCCGCGACCAUUUCAGCUACAGCAUCCUCUUCUUCAGCCGCUGCUGCAGACGCUGAGGAAGGCAUGUCCACCGGUGCGAAGGCAGGUCUUGCCCUCGGUAUACUUCUGGUCUUGUGUGCCAUUCUCACUGGUAUCUUGCUCCUGUACCGUCGCAAGAAGAAGCAAAUGGCCGCCGCUGCUGCUCAGAACGAGAAGACUGAGAUGUACAACGCACCAGCACCGCCGCCUCCUCAAAUCAUCGCUGGCGCUGCUCCGGCAGGCAGCAUCCGUUCUGCUCGUACCGCUUCAACUGCACCCCGCCUUAGCCUGCGCCCAGUCACCCAGUUCGACCCAGCAUUUAACGAGCAGCGAAAGAGUGGAGGAAACUUGCUCAAUGUCGCUGCUGCCGCCGGUGGUGCUGCUGCUCAAUCACAGAACCGUAACCUCUCGCCUUCAGCAUCCGCUGAGCGUCCUACCAGCGCCUGGGAGCGACGUGGUGCCGCCAACGCUACCGCUGCCGACCCAUUCAAGGACCCUGAGACCCAAUCUGGUCCCCCUUCGGCGAACCCCUUUGGCAACAACGCUGCGGUGGAUACUCAGCAAGCCUCCAUCCCCGACUCGCCUCCUAAUGCUUCGCCCAUGGCCUCCGCUAUGCAUUCUUCGAAGCCCAGCUCUGACUUCGCCAACCCAGCUCCAGCUAUCGCUACCGCUGAUUCUAAUGCUGUUGCCAUGUCUACGAUCCCUCCUCCUACCUCUGAGCUUCCUCUCCCGCCAACUGUCGCCGCCAACAACGGAAGCGUUCCCCCGAGCCCGGCUUGGACUGAAGACAUCCCUGCGUCCCCUGGCCCAGCUCCUGCUGGUCCUCUUCCUGUUGCUGGCGCUAUGGCUGGUGGUCGUCCCCAGAGCCCUGCCAUGGGUCCUGGUCCUAACAACGUCCACCGUGUUCAACUUGACUUCAAGCCUUCCAUGCAAGAUGAACUCGAUCUCCACGCUGGUCAGCUGGUUCGCAUGCUCCACGAGUACGAUGAUGGAUGGGCUCUCUGCAUCCGCAUGGACCGCUCGCAGCAAGGUGUCGUUCCUCGCACAUGUCUCUCCAAGCACCCGGUCAAGCCCCGUAACGGCCCUCCUCGCAACGGUCCUCCACCACCAGGCAACAUGCGCGGCCCACCCAUCCGCCCAGCCAUGGGUCCAGGCGGUCCUCAGCAACGUCCCCAAUCGCCUGGCAUGAACUCACCCAACAUGCCGCAAGGCAGCCCCGGUCCCCGUCAAAUGUCCCCUCGCCAGAUGUCGCCCCAGCAAAUGCCCUCCCCGCAAAUGCAACAAGGCCCUCGCAUGCGAUCCAACAGCAACGCUCCUCAACAAGGACCUCCCCGCGGCCGCUCCAACAGCAACGCGCCCUACGCCGGCCCACCCCGCUCCAUGUCUCCCGGCCCCUACGGCGGCGGACCCCAGAUGGCACCCCCACCCCAAAUGGGCGGGCGUCCACGAUCCAACUCCGCGAGCCAGGCCGGCAACCCACGACGAGGUCCAGCACCCGGUCCCAGCCCCAUGAACCCCAACGCCAUUACCCCCAACGGACCCGUUCCUAUUCCCGCCCGGAAGCCGGUCCCUGGUAUGGCUAUGUAA